UUAUUGUUUGUGUUGCAGUUGAUUCUGAAUCGCGUUAGCGAUAGGAACUACUCUUUACAGCGGGAAAUAAUAUGUUCCCGCAAGUGUGUUUGUUUAUAUUAUUGUUUAUUAAGUGUUAUGGAUAUCAAGACUCUUGUUGUUCGGAUUACAACCGCUACAGAAUUCCUCAGGAUGUCAUGAUAGACGUGGUCAAUAAUCUAGCAUUGAAAUUACUAGCGAUACACAACGAAGGCAACGAUAACAACAUUGCUAUAUCACCAUAUGGUGCUGUAAGUGUUUUAGUGGCUCUCAAAGAAGGAGUUCGUGGAAGUGCCGCUGCUGAAAUUCAUCGUGCCACUGGAAUUCCUUCGGAUUUAUCAGUUAUCCGCAUUGGACUCCGAGAUAUUCAUCGCCACCUUAAAAGUUAUUUCAUCCCAGAAGAAGGUUUUCUUUCCGGCUUGACUCUAAGUCACGAUAACGUUACAUUAAACAGAGAAUAUGAGGACAUCCUUAGAUUUUAUGGAUUUGAUAUUAAUUCGUUUAACAAUGCGUUAUACCCCGAUUUUUCCACAACCGAAGGAAUUACGAGUACUACAGAAGAAGUUAGUACCACUACUGAAGUUGGUACCACUACUGAUGUUGCUACAAGCACUGCAGAAAUGCUUGUGGCUACAACCGAACAAAGCACUACUACAGAGAAAAUUUCUGAAAAGGAAGAAAUGACGUCUACCAUGACUAGCACAACUGAAAGUGUACCAACAACUACAGAAAAUGCAAGAAUAACUAGAUCAGAAAGACCGAGCACUAUUACAGAAACAGUUCCGACUACCAGCGAAGCCAGUACAACAACACACAGUGAUCUAUUGUUGUCUACAAGUACUAUAACACAAACCACUGUCGAAGAAACCACAACAGGUGGAAACACGGAAGCUUCGACUACGUUAGUUAUAGAGACGACUUCUAGUAGUGACAUAUUAACUACUCCAACAGAACAAAAAAGUACAACUAACUUAGAAGUUACAACAGAGACAACAACUGCUCAAACUGCUUCGGAAACGUCAACUACUUCAAGCCAAACUAGUACAUUAUCCCUUACUAGCACAGAAACGGCGGAAAUCACCCCCUCAACUGAAGAAAUACUUUCCCAAACAUCUACCGAAAAUAAAAUCGUUAGUGAAGAAGAAGUUUCCGAUAGUAGUAUGAUACAGAUGUCAACAACUCAAGCAUUAGAGUCUAGCGAUUCAAGUGACUUAAAUGAUGGAUCAGAAGCGGAAAGUACUACCGAAAUGAGUACGAGUAGUACAACAAUUGUAGUAGAUAGUACUACUAACACUGUCCAGCUAAAUGAUGAAACUACUAAAUAUUCAGAUGAAUCUAAAAAUAAUAAUACUUCACGCAGAAAUGCAAGGUCUGUUGUAGAUUACAUCAUAGCGCGAUAUUAUGACGACCAUGCGAUUACACAAAGACCUCCACCAUAUAAUUCCGAAAAUGAUUUGUACUUCUUGGUUAAUGACAAAUAUAAAGAGACAAACAUUAAUUAUAUGACUUACGAUACAGUUCUGCCCUUCCACUAUAUCUCGCAUCUAAAAACAUUAGCGCUGCGAUUUCCUUUGGAUAGUUCGAAAUAUUAUUUAUUAUUAUUACUUCCUGAGAAUCCUAAGCAAUUAAAUAGAUUAAUUUGUGAUAUAAGACUGAGCAGUAGUUUGAAGUACAUAAUAGACAAUUUAAGAUAUACUCACGUGAAAGCUAUUAUUCCUAGCUUUAUGUUAAAGGGAUAUGUCAUCUUGACCUCUACUUUUCAGAAGAUGGGAAUUAACCGAGUCUUUGAACCAAGACAAGCGGAUUUUUCGCCAAUGACCAGUGACAAAGGCAUCUACGUGACCAACAUCGAACAAGCGAUUACCGUAAACAUUAAAAAUUAUGUAGAUCCGGAUACAAUGAAUAACAAUCGAUAUUUGCAUCGAGCCAAUCCUGUGCUGUUCAAAGCAGAUCAUCCAUUUCUAUAUUUUGUCAUCGACUCGGAAAUAGACGUAACACUGAUGGCGGGGAAAAUCGUCAAUCCACUUAAUUCUAGAAUUAGAUGAUAAAGUCAAGUUUGUAUAGGUUUAUGUAUUAUAAGUUUAAUAAAAACCUUUUAAAUCUA